AUGGCUUUCGAUUGGUGCAAUCAGCUGACAGCUCUGGAACCGCUGGAUAACAUAUUCCUCACUCGCCUAUCGCCGCGAUCUCUGGCUCACAGCGGCACCGAAGAGGAAAUCUCGCACGCUGAACUAAACUCACUGCACAAGUACUACUUUGAAUCCAUUUACUUCUCCUUUCCCUUCUUGAACCAAGAUCGCUUUGCGGCGGAAUCGAUGGGAAGCGGUCUUGCUAUAAGCGCUCUCAUUUAUGCAGUUGCACUCGCUGGAUGCGCUCAUUCUUCCACUUCCCAAAGCAAAGAGUCUGCCUGCUAUGUACUAGCGAGAAACUAUGCAGAAAAGUGCGAGCGAGAUGGCCAGUUGAACGAGCUCAACUUGUUGCAGGCCCUACUCUUCAUCGGAAGAUAUGAGGCUAUGGCUGGGAAGCUUGAGAGGAGCUGGAUGACCCUAGGACGUGCUGUUAUGUUAUCCAGGCUGCUUGGACUGCCCUACAUGGACAAGCGAAGUGAAGGCGAUGGGCUUCAGGACUCUCAAAGCCAUGAUGGCUCUGGACUGAGCCUGCCUGAAACGACUGAUCAAGUUCUUCUGGAGGAACGAAGAAGGACCUUCUGGGCUUUGUACAUAUUGCUCAGUUACGUCAAAACACGUACUGGAUGGCAAUGUAUGCUCAGCGAUAUAAAGAAAUUUUACAUCAACCUCCCAUCACCUGGCCUGCUGAGAUCAGAUCUAGUCCCGCUCAAGAUGCCCUAUCUCUCAGAUAUAGAGCUCGAGCCCAGUACCGAGAUCUCAUCCUAUGCAGGAUGCGUCCUGAUGGUAGAGCUGGCCCUGCGCUGUUUUGACCACGGGCAAAAGCGGACUUCAGGGAGCUUCUGGGAUAGGUACUGUGAUCUUGUGAAGAAGACAGACGUCCUUUUCGGGAUGCUGAAACGCCACCUCAACGCUACUUCUAUCCGAGAGGACCCCGUCGCCUUCAGUCUGUAUAUGAACCUCCGAGCAACUGAAAUCUUCUCCCAUGAGUCGGCUAUUGCUCGCAGUGAAGAGAAAGGUCUGCCACGGCUGAUGACCGCUGAAAGCCAACGUCGUGCCACGGCAGCUGCUUUCCAGAUAUCGACCGCAGUGCGUCUCAAUCUUCCCUCGCCUGGGAAGACCGAAAGCGAUAUUAUUAUGCUGCAGGCCAUUUUCAUCGCGUGGCCGCUUACUAUGGCUUUGAAAGCAUUACAUCGUGAGUUGCUGAACGGUGGUAGCCGGGAAGGAAUUGAUGGCGUUGUUGCAUCGUCGAGAUUACUGUUUUCUGCUCUAGACCACAUUGAGGAGUCAGGCGGACAUUGGCAUCGUAGCGUCGCGCACGUUGAGAAGAGGCUUCAGGAAUGGGAAGAAAGGAAUAGUUUCAACUCGCUUACAUUAUGA